AUGAUACGACGGCGAGUCUCACUGGGUGGUGAGAAGCAGCAGCAGCAGCAGCAGCAGCAGCUGUGAGGUGUACGGUGGAUGUGCGAGGGGUCAGAUAAAACUAACUUGUUGUUGGUGGAGGAGGAAACCAGAUCCAAGACAAGAAAGGACUAAUCAUAAAAUGCAGCAACAGAUGAGAGGAGAUCUUGAACUACUACAGCUACUACUCGGCCAGUGUGUGCAGUACAGUACUUGGUACGUUGGAAAGGCGCCUCAAUCCCCAACUCUUACUCAAAGACAUCCGUCCAUACAUCACCAACACCAACGCGGCGGAUCACCUCACGCAGGUGGGUUACAGGCCCGCCGCGAGCUGACCUUACUGUACAGUGCCUUCUCAACGGGACCCAGGCUUCUGGUUGGUACACGAUGUGCCCUGUCCACCCCGGCAGCUUUCGGAAGAUUGUAUCACAGAUCACAGGGGCCUCCAGGGAGGUGGGUGCGGCAGGGGCCACAAAAUAAUUUACUUCGUAUCUGUCAAGGUUUGGGCCAGCAGGGUGGGAUCAGGGUUCUUUUCUCCUGCUGUUGCUGUUGCUGUUGGGCGUGCUGUACUGUACUAACAGGCGAGCGCGGGAGCGUGUGUGAGGGAGGGAAGGGAGGGGUGGAAGAAGCAAUAUCAAACUGGUUCUAUAGACGCGCAAUGUCUUGCGAAACUGAAAGGAGAGGAAGAGUGAAGCGAACGCAGCCAUGGGAAUAGCUUCGGCCUUUCUUUUACACCUCAUUUCGGCCGUUCACGCUUCAGGCCAGCAAGAGUUCUUGUUUCGU